AAAUGGCGGCUCCCUGAAGUCAACAAUGAAUCGCACGAAGUAAACACGGGGAAAGCCGCUGAUUGCCGAUGUGUCAUGAUGUGUGCAUUGUUACGCUAUGAAGACUGAAGAUAUUUAUUUGCUGUACACCAGACAACGAAACAAGAAAUGAAGAAGGAACCGAAAAUUGAUAAUCACCGUCCAUACAAAAUAUCCCAUCAGACACUCUGUAUCACUGCCAUCAACUUCGAGAAACAAUCAUUGAUUGGUUAUGUGGAGCUGAGUCUUUAUCCCCAGAAGCCAGACUUGCGGAGGUUAAAGAUCAACAGUAAACAAUGCAGAAUCUACCGAGUAUGUAUCAAUGAUACCUGGGAAGCGGCCUUCCUCUACAAUGACCCAACACUGGAGAUCUGUCAAGGAGAUGCCAAACAGCGGAAUCUUGACUUUUUCCAAAACUGUCAUCUGUCGGCCAUGACAGCUGUAGAAGCAGACAAUGCCAAUGGGGAGGUGACAAUCAGGCUCCCCCAAGAAGCCUUCCCUUUAAUGGCAGACAUGCGUGCCAUAAGGAUCUCCAUUGAGUUUUCACUUGACAGCCCAAAAGGAGGUGUACAUUUUGUUGUGCCCAACAUUGAAGGCAGUUUGGCUGAGAGGGGAGCUCAUAUGUUCUCCUAUGGCCAUGAAAAUUCAUCAAGGCUAUGGUUCCCCUGUGUGGACACAUUUUCAGAGCCGUGUUCAUGGAAGCUGGAGUUCACUGUUGACCGAGAGAUGACUGCUGUGUCUUGUGGGGAUCUGAUUGAGGUCAUCUACACACCGGACAUGAAGAAGAAGACCUUUCAUUACUACUUGUCAACACCAACCGCAGCCCCCAACAUAGCCCUGGCCGUUGGCCCAUUUGAGAUCCUGGUUGAUCCCAACAUGCAUGAAGUGACCCACUUCUGUUUGCCCCACCUGUCGUCAGUGCUGAAACACACCACCAGCUACCUACAUGAGUCUUUUGAGUUCUACGAGGAGCUGCUGUCCAGCAGAUAUCCCUACUCCUGCUACAAGCAGGUGUUUGUGGACGAGAGUUACGUGGAUGCCUCUUCUUAUGCUACUAUGACCAUCUUCAGUGUUGAUCUUCUUCAUUCAUCACGCAUCAUCGACCAGACCUUCAUAACGCGGCGGCUCAUGGCCACUGCAGUUGCGGAACAGUUCUUCGGGGCCUUUAUUGCCAUGCAGUCAUGGAAUGAUGCAUGGUUGCCAAAAGGAAUGGCCAACUAUCUUUCUAGUCUGUUCAUCAAGAAGACGUUUGGUAACAAUGACCACAGGAUGACUAUUUACAAGCAUCUGCAGGACGUGUGUGAGUACGAGGGUAAGGUCGGAGGUCUGGUGCUGGACCCAGUCGGCAAGGAAACCAACCAGCACUUCUCCAUCAAGAGUCCUCACACAGUGUCACCCAAGUAUCUGGAGGUGUUUGUCAAGAAAGCCCUGCUGGUCAUCCGCAUGCUGGAGUUCAGGCUGGGCUCGGAGCUGCUUCUGCAGGUGUUGAACAAGCUUCAAGCUCUUGCCUUCACAGCCUCCCAGCAGAAGUUCUUUGCCAACACCUGGUCCAACAUGCUGGUCUCUACAUCAUCCUUUCUCAAGAUCAUCUACACAGUCACAGGAAAAGACAUCCAGCCUUUUAUCGACUUGUGGGUUUAUCAGAGUGGCUGUGCCCAUUUCUUUGGUAACUUUGUGUUCAAUCGCAAGAGGAACGUCGUUGAGCUGGAGAUAAAGCAGGACCUGAAUGCCAAGGGCGCCCUGAAAUAUGUGGGCCCUCUGACAGUGACCAUCCAAGAGUUAGACGGCUCCUUCAACCACACAUUUAAAAUAGAGGAAAACAAGACUAAGUUUGAGAUAACAUGCCAUUCCAAGAGCAGGAGGAACAAGAAGAAGAAGAUUCCAUUAAUCACAGGGGAAGAAGUUGAUAUGGAUCUAAGUGCUAUGGAUGCCGACUCCCCGGUGCUGUGGCUGAGAGUGGAUGCGGACCUGCAGCUUCUCCGCCAUGUCAUAUGGGAGCAGCCUGACUACAUGUGGCAGUACCAGCUCAAGUUUGAAAGGGAUGUGUCUGCUCAGUUACAGAGUAUCUGGGCCCUGGAGCACUACCCUACUCCACAGACUCGCUUGGCGCUGACGGACACCAUAGAGAAUGAACACUGCUUCUACAAGGUGCGGAUGGAUGCCUGCAGCUGUUUAGCAAAGGUAGCUAACUCCAUGGUAGCUGGAUGGACAGGACCUCCGGCCAUGAUGAUCAUGUUCAAGAAGAUGUUCGGCUCUCACUCAUGCCAGGCCAUCAUCCGACAGAACAACUUCAGCAACUUUCAGCACUACUUCCUGCUUAAGACCAUUCCAAUGGCUAUGGCCAACCUGCGGACUGUCCACUGUAUCUGUCCGCCAGAGGUGAUGCGCUUCCUCCUGGAGCUCUUCAAGUACAACGACAACAGCAAGAACAAGUAUUCAGACAACUACUACAGAGCUGCUCUCAUUGAUGCAAUGUCAGCCACCAUUACCCCUGCUGUCACCCCAGUAGUAAUCUCAGAACUUGGUAAAAGUACAGACAGCCUGACUGCAGACACCAAGCAGUUUCUUGAAGAGAUCACAAGGUGUCUGAAUCUGGAGAAACUGCUCCCCUGCUACAGACAUACAGUUACAGUCAGUUGUAUACGAGCCAUACGCAGCCUUCAGAAGUUUGGCCACUUACCCAACGACCCGGAGCUCUUUAAGAGCUAUGCUGCGUAUGGAGUAUUCCGCGACGUCAGAUUAGCUGCAUUCAAUGCUAUUGUUGAUUUCAUUAAAGUUGACCGCAACAGUGAAACCCUGAAAUGGUUGUUGAAUAUGAUCGAGACAGAUCCAGACAUCCUAGUCAGACAUGGUGCUCUUCAACUACUUAUAGAAAACCCUCCCUUUAGAAAGUCCGAUAACAACCCUCUCAAUACGGACAGCCUGGUGGAAAGACUCUGGAAGAUGAUGAACUCCUCGCUGUCCCACGACAGCCGCCUGAGAUGUGGUAUUGCUGACCUGUACUAUGUUCUGUAUGGCCGAACACGACCCACCUGUCUGGCUAUACCGGAGAGUGUUCUUGUGCUCAACCUGAAGGAGAAAACUACCAUGCUGAACCCGACCAUUGUUCCAGAGAAGACAGAGGAUGAGCUGUUUGAUGAGAUGUCACAAGCUGAGGAGACCACGCCCACUAAGGGAACACAGUCUGAGGACAUCGAGAUGAUCGAUGUCGAUGUCACGCCAGAGAAGAAGCCAUUCUUUGUACGAGGGGAGUCACAUGAUCACCGAGAAACUGGCACCAAGAGGAAGGCGUCAUCACCUUUGACAGACCUUCGACCAAAUUUAGAAUCCAGUGUCUUGAAUGUAAAACCAGAACCAGUGCAAUCAGAUGAAGGGAGCGGAUUCAAGCUCAAGAUUAAGAUCGGAAUGAAGAGCACGGAAGCAGGAACAACAUUUCUUGCAACCACUCCAACUACGAUUAUUUCCCCCCCACCUGUGCCCACAACACCAGGGGGCUCGUUUGCUUCUGAGUUCAUGAAGUUUGUCGGGAUGAAAUCAGAUUCGGAGUCUCCCAGCACCUCUGGCCAGCCCCCACCACCACCCCUCCUGCUGCCUCACCCCCCAGAGAGGAAGAGAGAGAGUAGCGUCAGCCGACUCAGUGAAGAUUCCAGCUCCCCAUCUCAUGCCCCUCAGAGUCUGUCAGAUGUCCCCUCAACGCCAUCAGGCCCAUCCAAACCUUUGCCUCCCAUAGCCACGCCCGGCUCCCAUGCCCUGGAUCUCACCACCAAACCUCCCACAGAAGGAGAGGGCUCAAGUAGCAAGCAUCACAAGGCAAAGAAGAAGAAGAACAAGCACAAGCACAAGCACAAACAUAAGCAUAAGCACAAGCAUGACAGACCGGACAAGAAGGAAGGAAAAGAUAAGGAGAAGAGUGAGAAGCCAGAGAAAGAGCGUCACAUUGACCUUUAUAGUUCAGGGACCAGUAAUUUCAACUCACCAGCAAUUCAAGCUGAGGCACCCAGCUCACCAGACUUUGAAGUCAUCUAGUGAUGGCUUGAGGCCAUUUGGAUACUAUUGGAUGUAUGUGUUAUUGUAUAGGACUUUGGAUAGAAUGUUUGGUUUAUGGUAGUUUCUGCUCGUCUCUGUACCAUACAUAAAGGAUGCACAGCUGUUUUUAGCAGUUUUGAGAAUUAAUCAUUGCUCAUGCCAUCAACUGGUUUGUCUGGUCCAGUGUGGAUAGUAUUGAGAGUUUGCAGUCACUAAGUACCCAAUUUCAGCAGACCCGGUGGGUACCCCAGUUAGACUAGGUCCCCAGUGCUCUUUUGUCCACCGUGAGAUGCAAUUACCUCACAAUGUGUGGUCAGACUUGGCGACUGGAUUGAGGGGAUGUCACCUUUUACCAACAGCUUGGCACACUGAUGAUAUCAAGCACUUGUUUUUCUGGCACAAACUUGAUUAUUUUCAGGGUGGCAUGAUAUAGCUGGAAUAUUGCUGACUUACAGACAUACACAUAUGUAUCCAUUGUGAAAAGAAACCCAUUCAAAGCCACUUGCCUCCUUUGACGUCAUUGGCUGUGUAUCAGUGUGGACUAAGAAUCACAUCCAGCUUUUCAGGAAAGGUCCCCAGUAGCUUAUGCUGGUCAUGAGAGGGUAUUAAGUGGAUCGUGGGACUCAGUGGCUUGGUUGAUUGCGUGUCAUUGUACCCCAAAUGGCAUAGAUUGUUGCUCAUAAUAUCAGUCACUGUAUUAUCUGGUCCAGACUUGAUUAUUUACAGGCCGCUGGCAUAUAGCUGGAAUAUAGCUGAGAGUGAUUAAAGCUGAAAUAAACAAUAGAAACUUUCUGGAUUAAAACACAUUCCGCACUGAUCAGCAAAGAAAGACCAUGGUAACCACUCAUUACAUGUCCAUUAAUGAUGUGAGGUGCUUCUUGAUUAUAGAGCUUCAUAAAGAAAAGUAGUGGAAGCGCUCUGAUUCACUGACUCUUUAUUGUCACGACAAAUCACUGAACAGGCAUCAUCUGGGGUAUACUAACAUCCUCUGAAGUUAGGGUCUGAAUAGUUUCAUCCACCCUUUGUAUAUGUGGAUCUGUUGUGGCAUGGUGAUAAAGAAUCAAAACAGAAAUUGCUGCUGCUACUGAAAAUAGUACCUUCUGAAAAUGUUUCAAUCCUAGGGUUUGUAAUACUCUACAAAUGAGAUGUGCCACAUAUAUACAUAUGAAUGUGAGAUUUAUAUGACUAUAACAAUAAACGAAAAGAUAUAUUCAAUUUCCUUCUA